AGCUCGUGUCCGCUCUUAAGAACGGCAUUUUCCCCUAUCAGCUUACAACUUCAUCCUUACAUGACAAUUGUCUUAGGGUAACGGAGCCGUUGGGCCCGCGUUUGCCCAAUUUACUUAGUCAAGCACAGGGCCUGCUGUGAAAACAAUGCGCACAUCCUUGGGCUUAAACAACCUCCAUGACGCAGUGGACAUCUGGUCUGGAUCUGGAUACUAUUACUUAGUGCAGGCUUCAACUCCACGGGCGAGCGUGGGAUUCUUGGACGUGGUCGCGCGAGACUUCGCCAAAAGCGGCAAGCAACGACGAUGUGCGCAAGACCUUCGUUCUAAUUAGUUCUAACAGUGUUGCGAUUGGCCAGGCACGAUGUUGCAGAUCAGCCAUGAUCUGACUCGCAACUUUCCCCGCCCUGUCGAUUGUUAAAACCGCAUUGGUUUCCCCGUGCUUUAUCUUUUUCUUCAUACCUCACCCACGUUGGGUUUCUUGGGCGGUCUUGGUAUGAAGCUUGUCAAAAGCUUGUUGUUUUGUUGCAUCUGUUCUCACCAUUUCAGCCACAAAGUGUCUAUUCCGUACACACUACUCUGACUUUCAGCUUAUUGCGGUAUUGUGAAAGAAAAUGGCCUCAGUCGAGGCUAAGCAUGUGGAUUCUGCGCUCGCGAGCGAUGUCGACGUGCUUGCAAAACUUGGCAAAAAACAGGUGUUGAAGCGACGUUUCGGAUUCUGGUCUCUGUUUGCCUUCGCUGUCUGCGAGCUUAUCACAUGGGAAACCGUACUAGCACUGCUGUCCCAAGGAUAUGACAACGGAGGACCCGCAGGGCUGGUCUAUGGCUUCAUUAUCGCGUGGUCGAGUACCCUAUCCGUUUACAUUUGCAUCUCCGAACUUGCGUCCAUGGCUCCAAUCGCCUGCGGUCAGUAUUUCUGGGUCUACAUGCUAGCUCCCAAGCGCUACAAGAAAGCCGCGAGCUACAUUAUCGGAUGGCUCACCUCGCUCGCAUGGGUCGCUACGGUAGCAACCGAAUCACUGUUUGCAGGAACCAUUAUCCAAGGAAUUCUGGUUUUGAACUAUCCAGACUACGGUUACGAACGAUGGCAGGGCACGCUCCUGACCUGGGCUGUCAUCCUCGUCAAUGUUCUCAUCAAUGUGCUUACUCCUGGAGCGCUUCCCAAAUUUGAGAUUACUAUUAUGGCUCUGCAUAUUUGCGGCUUUGUGGCUAUUCUCGCAACACUCCUUUCAACCGCCGACAUUGGUACCGCGCGCUCCGUCUGGCUUACAAGUCUCAACGAAGGGGGUUGGUCUACCCAAGGCCUUUCGUACUGCGUGGGAUUUAUGGGAAAUGUCGCAACAUUUGUCGGCGCUGACGCAUCGGUGCACAUGGCAGAAGAGGUUGAGAACGCCGCGUUGAACAUCCCAAGAGCCAUCGUUGCGGGUAUGUGUAUCAACGGUGUGAUCGGCUUUGCAAUGAUGAUCGUUGCCCUUUACUGUCUUGGAGAUCCUACAAGCGUGUUGGAGACGGCGACGGGCUUCCCCUUCCUGCAAAUUUUUCUCAACAGUGUGAAAAGCACUGCUGGUGCAAUAGGCAUGGGUGUGAUAGUGCUGAUCCUUACAUGGAUGUGUGCAUUAGGGAUCACGACUACAGCAUCAAGGAUGACUUGGUCAUUUGCUCGUGACAAAGGAACUCCCGGCUCCAGGAUCCUCAGUCGUGUUUCGAAAAGGACAAAAGUCCCCAACUUUGCUGUUUUCACUGUCGCCGCGAUUGCAGCACUAUUGGUACUCAUCUACAUUGGAUCCGCUGUCGCUUUCAACGACGUAAUCUCUCUAACUAUCACUGGCUUUUACGGCUCUUACUUCCUCCCAUGUGCUCUUUUGUUCUGGCACAGAAUCAAAGGUCAUAUUCUACCAUAUGGUAGUUCUGUAUCCAGCGCUCAGGAAACCACAACCCUGGACCCAAUGGUUGGUACUGCCGAAGGAGACGUUUUACACGAAAAGAGUUCUACAAACAAAGCUCUUUUUACUGCUCCGGAAGCUGCUUCAGGGAAUGGACACGCAGAAGUCGGCCACGUUGAAGUGAAACUCAUUUGGGGGCCGUGGAAAAUUCCGGGGAUCAUUGGAAUCAUUAACAAUGCCUAUGCUUGCUUCUACAUGAUUUUUGUGAUUUUCUGGUCGGUUUGGCCGCCAGCAACGCCUGUUCAAGCUAACACCAUGAACUACUCUGUCGUGGUCACAGGCGGUGUUAUGAUCUUAAGUGCGGUGUGGUACUAUAUAAGAGCAAGAAAGGUCUAUGACGGACCGAUUUUGGAAGAAGAGGUUGUCGAUGUCGCUCGACGAGCUGGAUCAGUCGUUGCAUUGUGAUAAGUGCGCAGAGUCACGCAGUGAUUCUCAACGAUUCCUGCGCUGCCAUUGUAAUUCGUUACGUAAGUCUGAUACAUACAAUAUUGUGGCGAAUUACAUAGGAUAUAAAGACUUGACCUGAUCGGACUACGUUACUAUAUCUACUAGAAAUGGGUUGAAAAUCACACAAAUCAUUGUGAGUGUGAAAAAAGAAAAUGUUCAAAGUAAAUAUCGUGUAUAUCUCGAGUUUUAUUGCGUUCUUAUGGUGUAUAGAGAAGAAGUAGUGAAUGCCUGCCAAUGAUAAUGGGCGGAUGUUUUC